AUGGCGCAGACUGCGGGCGCGCGGGGUCGGCCAGGGCAGUGCGGGCGGUGCGGGAGGCGCUGGAGGUGCGGGAGGCGCACGCUGGUUGCCUGCGUUGCCUGGACCGUGGUCUGGGUGCUGGCCGCUGCGCUGCUGCUCCGCGCGCACCCCGGGGUCCUCUCUGAGCGCUGCACGGACGAGAAGAGCCGGCGCAUCCUGGCCGCGCUGUGCCGGGACUACCAGGGCGGGGCGCUGGCGGGCGACCUCUGCGAGGACCUGUGCGUGGCGGGGAGGCUGCAGUACCGGCGCUGCCUGUACUACGAGAGGGGCAAGAAGGUGCUGCAGGCAGACUGGCGCGGCCGCCCCGUCAUCCUCAAGUCCAAGGAGGAGGCCUUCUCCAGCUUCCGGCCGCCGGGCCUGAUGGAGGACCAGGCCGAGGACGGAGGCCAGGGCUUCCCGGAGGCAGAGCUGCUCCUGCUGGUGGCGGGGGAGGUCAAGAGCGCCCUGGGCCUGGAGCUGGCGGCCGGCAGCCUGGGGCCGCUGUGGCCGGGGCGCCGGGGCGCGCGCUGGCGGGGCCAGCUGGCCAGCCUGUGGUCGCUGGCGCAGCAGGAGGAGUUCGUGCUGCUCAGCAUGCUGCACGGCCUCAGCCCGCACGCCCCGCCGCUGCUGGGCUCCUGCGGCCACUUCUACGCGGUGGAGUACCUGGCAGCGGGCAGCCCCCACCACAGGGCUCUCUUCCCGCUGGACGGGGCCUCGCGGGGCCAGGCCCAGGCCGUCAGCGACAUGGCCCUCAGCUUCCUGGACCUGGUGAGACAUUUCGACAACGACUUCUCCCACCGCCUCCACCUCUGCGAUGUCAAGCCCGAGAACUUUGCCAUCAGGAGGGACUUCACGGUCGUGGCUAUCGAUGUGGACAUGGCUUUUUUUGAACCUAAAAUGAGGGAAAUUCUCGAGCAGAAUUGCACGGGAGAUGAAGACUGCAAUUUCUUUGAUUGUUUCUCAAAGUGCGAUCUCAGAGUCAACAAGUGUGGCGCGCAGAGAGUCAACAGCAACCUGCAGGUCGUCUGUGACAAAAUAUUCCGACACUGGUUCUCCUCGACUCUCCAGAGCUCUGCCAUUUCCUUCCAGCUCCAGCGGCAGUUGCGGGAGGCCGUGCAGGAGUGCGCAGACCCAGGCGGCCCCCAGAGAGCAGCCCCCACCAUGUUCUGGAGGCUUCAGCGCCUCCUCCAAGCUGCGCUGAGGGAACUGCGGGAGGCGGAGAAGUAG